UUGAGUUUGUGUGCUUACUAGCAACCACUUUCAACAUUUCUGCAAAGCUAGAGAAGGGUUCCCAGUGCCGAUUCCGACACUGUGAAGAGGCCCUUGGCAGUGACACUGUGUGCUCAUUAUGGAGAGAGAGGAAAUGUUUAGAUCCACUUUGCAGAUUUAGACACAUGGAAAUGCAGCAAAACUGCAGCAUUUCCUGCUUCUGGGAAACUCAGCCUCUUGGUUGUGUGAAGAUCAGCUGUAUCUUUUAUCACAGCAAACCUCGAAAUAUCAAUGGAUUAUUUUUGCCACCAAGUAGCAAUAUCACACUACAGAAAGAAAGUCAGGAAGGAAUUCCACUCCAAACCCAGAGUCAGGAACCUCUGAAACCUCAGGAAAAUGUAUCACGACCGAUCCACCAUCCUUUAGUUUUAAAAACUAAUUUUGAGGAAGAAGAGGAAGUGGAUGAACAAAAUGAUGCUUCUAGUUUAUGGACAAAGACCCCUGAAGAAAUUGAAGAAAAAAGAGCAAUAAAGGAGAUGUGUUAUAAAUCUGGGGAAUACUACAGAUUUCAUACUCCUCCAGAUAUUUUAUCAUCAAAAAGCAUGGCACCUACAGCAGAAAAAGAGUUAGAAAAGCCUUUGGAAAAUGGCAGUGAAUUGCAAGAAGGAGAUAGUCUUACAGUUCCGACAAAACUUAGCCAAUAUGAAAGGCAAAGUGAAAUAAAAACAUCAUUGCACGGGAAACCAAAGACUGACAUUGCUGCUUUUGAAAAUGGAGGAGGUGACUGUUAUGUUCCACAGAGGGUCAUAUUUCUUGGAGUCAAUGAAAGUGAAGCUUUAACUGAAGAGAAAGAAAUCACCAUAUCAAAAUGUUCAAAUACUAAAGUGAAUGAUGUCCAGCCAGUGAAGAAGCCUCAUUUUAAAGGUGUGAAAAAAAGAAAAUGGAUUUAUGAUGAACCAAAGAACUUUCCUGACUCUGGAAUGAGGAGAGCAGUACAGGUCCCAAGUCCCCAAAAUAAAAUGAGUUAUCAUCGUAACAAUAAAAAUCGAAAUGCUGAGAAUGCAUCCUAUAUCUACGUUCAAAGAGAUGCUGUCAGGACUGUCGCGUCGAAUGCACCUCCCCGCAGCAGGCCCAUGCAUGGGUCCUACAAUAAAGUCCAUGUUAACAAGGAACCCAAACCCAACCUCAGUCCAGACAAAUAUAUGUCAACAUUGUAUAAUGAUUCAGCCUGGCAAAAACAAAUUCCUUUUUCAAAAACAUAUUCAAAAAGUGGAAAGAUAUAUCCAGAGCCAAGAAGAAAUGGGAGCAAGUAAACCUGGAGGUCGAGAGAAGAGAAAAAUGAGAAAAAAGUGCCAGACAUCAUCUGAUUUACAAUCAAAAGUGAAAAUUCCAAGAAUGAGAUACUCAAGUACUCCAUGCUACAUAGUGGAUAGCCAAAGAUGAUAAAAAUGCAAAUUCUGAAAAUAAGAUGCAGGAAGUACAUUGUGCUCUUUCAAAACUGAUAAAAAUGCAAAUUACCAACAGCUAGUGUAUUUAUGUAGGUCUGGAAUUCAUUUCGUGCAUUACUCCAAACAUUUUAAUAAAAUUUAAAAGUUUGACAAUUAAAA